AUGAUUUAACUAUUUGUACCCUUUAUUUGACCCCGCACACUUCUGUAGUCUUUAGGUAAUUCCGCUCUUACCGCACUGCUAAUUUCUUUUAUCUUUUAGUUAGCUUAAAAAGAAUAUUUUAUAAUCCAACAUGAUGAUGAUUGGUAACUCAGCAAAACUAGUUUGCUUGAAGGGCGCUGCUGCCCAACAGCAAAACCGGUCCAUGGCCACAUUAAAACAUAUUUCUAUGCGCCUUAAGUCUGUUAAAAACAUCCAAAAGAUAACACAGUCAAUGAAAAUGGUGUCAGCUGCUAAAUAUGCUCGAGCAGAACGCGAGUUGCGUCAAGCUCGCCCAUACGGUGAAGGUGUUACUGCAUUCUUUGAAAAAUCUGGUGCUACUGAAGUUCCUGAAGGUACUUCUGAAGGCAAUAAACUAAUUGUAGCAAUUACAUCAGAUCGUGGACUGUGUGGUGCAGUACAUACCAAUGUAUCUAAAGCAAUCCGUAAUGAAUUGGCAUUGGAAUCUGGAGAAAGUGGCACUAAAGUAGUAUGUGUUGGUGAUAAAUCUCGAGCUCUUUUGCAGAGAUUAUAUGCUGACAAUAUUGCUGUUGUUGCAAAUGAAGUUGGCCGUAAGCCCCCUACAUUUUUGGAUGCAUCUAAAGUUGCAAAUCAACUUCUCUCAUUUGAAUUCAAUACUGGAAAAAUUGUCUUCAACAGAUUUAAGUCUGUAGUAUCUUAUCAAACUGAAGAGGUACCAUUAUUGAGCUCCAAGACUAUGUUGGCUGCGCCUAAGUUACAGACUUAUGACAGUCUUGAUCAAGGUGUUAUUGAAUCUUACCAAGAAUUUACAGUUGCAGCAUUACUUUACUAUACAAUGAAACAAUCUGCUUGUAGUGAACAGUCAUCUAGAAUGACUGCUAUGGAUAAUGCCAGCAAGAAUGCUAGUGAAAUGAUUGAAAAAUUAACUUUAGCUUUCAACCGUACAAGACAAGCUGUCAUUACAAGAGAGUUGAUUGAAAUUAUUUCUGGAGCUGCAGCCUUAGAAUAAUUUGUUGUAUUUAUUAAUACAUUGUUUAUAUAGAUAGAUGACCCUAAGUAAUAGACCUGAUGGGCAACAGAUGUUAUACAUUUCAUAAUAAUUUAUUUGUAUCCACUUUAAAAUUCCAUUAUUAUACACUCAUAUGCCUAUACUUCAUUAAGUUCUAAACAUUUUUGUAAAAACAAGGUUAAAUUAUAGUCAUUAGAUGACCGUGUAAAUUAUUUGUUCAUGGUAAUCAGUUAUAUAUUAAUAAAAAAAAAUACAGUUUUCCA